UGUUACCGUCUUCUGUAAACGGUGAAAGGGACCUUGCUCCUCAGAUGGGGUAUUGUUAUUGGGGGACUGUAUAUAAGCAACGUUGGGGCGAUACCCCGGUACAGUCAUCAACAGUCCUAGUGUCUUAGGAGGUUGAAGAGGCAAAAAUGAAAUACUUCGUUGUUUUAUCUGUCGUGCUUGCAGUUGCUUCGGCAACGCACCCUUACGCUUACGGCCAUUUAUAUGGUCAACAUAUUCCCUUAAUCGACCACAGUGGAGUGCCAGUGGAUACACCCGAUGUACAAGCAGCCAAAGCCCUUCACUUCUCCGCACAUGCAGUCGCCCGUUCUGGAAUCUUUCACGAACACUCGCAUCCCCUUUCCUACGCCGCUGGACUCUACCACCAUCACUACCCCGUGGUUGAUGGCGCCGGAAGGCCAAUUGACACCCCCGAAGUAGCGCACGCCAAAGCCGCCCAUUUUGCUGCAUACAACGAAGCUGCCGCUCGUAAUAGCUUAGGACACGUAGCCCCACUUGUUGCCGUCGCUGGACAUCACCAUGGCGUCGUAGAUACCCCCGAAGUGCAAAUCGCCAAAGCCGCUCACUUCGCCGCACACGCCAAGGCCGCCCAUGGACACGUCCUCAAGCGUCGCUCUGCCGUCUUCCCAUACCCUCACCACAUUCCAGUUAUCGACCAUACUGGCGUACCAGUUGAAACCCCCGAAGUGCAAGCUGCCAAAGCCGAACACUUCGCCGCCCACGCCAAAGCCUCAGCCGAACACGUAGGAGCUGCCCAUUUGGUGUCGCACCCCAUCGUGCCAUACGCCGCCGUCCACGCGAAAUAUCCCAUCCACAUUCCCGUGAUCACCCCCCACGGCGUCCCAGUAGAAACACCUGAAGUACAACACUCCAAAGCUGCCCACUUCGCCGCCCACGCCGAGGCCUCCGCAAGAAACGCAGCCAUCCACUACCACCACGGAUUACCUCUUCAUCACUAUUAGAUACCUCUUGUGGAGGUAUUCUUCCUGUACAUUAUUCUACUGUAAAAUCAAUAAAUAAGUUUGUGAAAUCA